AUGACCGAGAUUUCCUAUUUGCUCGAGGCGGCUUCGCUUGGUGCUCGAGCCGAUCUGAAGGAAACGAUUUUCGACGUGCUGAACGUCGAAGACAUUAAAGAUCUCAAAUGGUCGACGAAGAUCCCGGAAUUCGUCUUCAAAAGGCACAUCCUGGCCCUAGCCAAAUGUCUGAGCGUCGCGAGCAACGAACAAGCGAACCUGUACGGAGUCGACUUUGCCGCUCCUGAAGAUGUUGACCUCGACGAGUUGCCGGAGCCCGGAAUGUGGAAGUCUCUGCCACUUCUCUUGGAACUUGCCGACAAACUCUGCGCAAUCAACAACGAGCAGCUCAACGAACUCGAAUAUUUCGUCGAAUUUGUCGAGUUGCUGAGAAACCGUCAAAGGGCUGUCGAAGCACACGACAAGGAUGAAUUGGCUGCGCUGGGCGGAAGUUAUCACAUGGCCAGCUGGCCCGACUACCUGCGAUACAACCCAGUGUUGAGCGACGACGAACUGGAGCAGCUCUUCAGUCACGCCGCAACGUCGAUGGACUCCUUCUCUUCGUUUAUCGACUUCAUCCAGAUGCACCUGAAACAUUUUGCUGACAAGGAGCAUUUAAAGCAACUGUUUCCACUCGUCAAGCCGAUGUGCGCCUACAUGUUCGGCUAUCAGUUGAUCCGUCCCAUUCGUGACCUCUUUUGCCUGGCAUUCGACAAGCUCGACGCUGACGCAUUUGACGAAUUGCACGCAGAGGCAUCGAAGAUCGGUCUGCUGCCCGGCGAGCGCAUGAAGCUCCAUUCUGGAGUGACGCCGGCAACCUUCUUGAAGAAGUGCGAGAAAGAAGAUGCUUCGAAUAUGCUUGCCUACUUCCACUUCUUGAUGCUCUUCAUACCGUGGGGCAACGUCAUCGAGGAUUGCAUAAACGCCGUGCUUGCCGACAAGCGCUGCAAAUUUCUGUUUACGACUAUUGCCGAAGCGGCACCCUCGAUUCACGAUUACCUAUGCGAAGGCACCGAUGACCGGGCGCCCGCCCUCGCCACGCUGCUCGCCGGCGCUUGCAUCAACGACAAGACUGAAAACUCUGAGGCGCUGGAGUUGUUCGCGGCUCUGAUUGAUGAGGGUGUCGUCGAUAUCAACUGGAUCGUGAUGGAGGUGCUCGUUCGCGGGAUGACCACCGGCUCUCUCCCAUUCCGGAAGCGUUCCGUGUCCAUUCUACUCGACUUGCUGACCAUCGGCAAGAUCGACAUGAAUUUUUCUGACGGUGAUCACCCGAGCGCUGGCACCGUCUCCUGGUCGACCUUGGUGUGUGCCGUCCUCGAUUUGUAUGCCCCGCCGACUCCUACGCAAGCCGGCCAACGAUAUUCGCUGAUCAAGGAUCUUCUCGUGGCCCUCGACGAACACGUGGCUUCCUGGGCGACGCGCCACACCGUCGAACCGAUCCUUCGCCACCUAGAGAAAUCGGAAAGUGCCACGAAACCCUGGCAGCACCUUGUCUUCAACGAGUUCAUGGCGAAAACUGUUGCCGUCCACGCGAAAGACCAGAUCCCCUGGACGCAAAUUGAUGCGGAGACCGAGUUCACCGGCGUGAUGGACUUGAUCGGCGCCUUCCCAGACAUGACGGGCACUCAGGCGCUAUUCAAGCUGUUGCCAGACUUCAUAGAAGUUAACAGUCCGAAAUCCAUUGUCGACGAAAUGCAACGGUGGUACGACAGCAACGUGGCCCUGUACAAGCCCACCGAGGCCAGGAUGCAGGCGCUUUCGAAGAACAUUGCCGAAUUGAGGACGAAACAUGGCUACGACACCGCCGAGCCGUCGGAAGCUGGCGAAGAUGAAGAACCGCCCAACAAGGAUCCGGAAACCACCGAGGCUCCGAGGCGCUUCGGUUCUCCGGUGUCUUUCCCCUCGCGCUCCACGUCCAACGCACGCAGCCGUCUGACCGAGGCCCGAGAUGGUUUUAAGAGUUAUUACGGCAAAGGGAUGGCCGAAUCGGAUGGAGAUCUGCCCUUCUCACAGAGCAGCAGUGACGUAGCCGGCCGCCACGAAAGUCUUUCACCCACAUCCUCCGGUCAGCGCAACGACAACUACGGCGUCGCCCUGGACGAACUGCGCGUUACGCCACGUCAGGAGACUGACUUUGACCGCGCGUGGACCUCGUCGACAAAGCACCGCUCGUUCAGCGCGAGGCGCCGCCGAUCUGCCGCCAGACGCGGUGUAAUGUCACACUCAUCGUCAUGGAUCGCUGGAAAUCUGGCUGGUAGCUCGGGCAGUGGCUUCCAGAGGGCUACGAUCAACCAGGGCGCGAUCGCAACGCAGUCGACCCCGAACCAACGAUCGUCCAAGCGCUCCCGCAGACGUCGCCCACGGGGCCAGAAGCUGCAGGAAAACUCGGAUGCGACCGCCGCCCCACCUCCAGCCGUGAGCAGGCGAUCGGUCCGUAAAGCCACGGGCCGGCGUCGGCGAUCUGGCGCCAGCCGCCUCAAGCAAGCCACCAGGGAAGCGGCCGGAUUCAGUGGAUCGCCACCCUCGACCCCUGCCGAGCCGAACCCGUCUGAGCCCCGGAAGUCGCCGUACGUGCCGUAUCGCCCGCGCAGCCAGCCGUCGACUCCGACCCGUCACAGCGAC